AAGCCGCCUAGCAACUUGACAUCCAUGAACAGCUAGGCAAGCUUUUUUCGCGCCUUGCUAGGUAUGAGCUGCAUCCAGCUCCGGCAUCCGCUCCGGCCAUGGGCAAUCUGAAAGACAAGAUCAAAGCCACGCUCCUCCGAAGAGACAGUAGGCGGCAGUCGCCAUCACCCAGUAAGAACAGCUUUGGACGAGACUAUGCCUCAAGUGUUAGCACGCACACGCAGCCGGGCUACGAUGCCUCAGAUGAGCGGAGUGACCAUGGUGCUCGUGGGAGCAGCCGGAGCUUCAGCUUGACCUUGAACCCAGACCAAGUUCUCCGCCGAAGCACUAGCAAAACCAGAAGCAAGAGCGGCAACCUCCACGACAAACCACCUCAUACAUCUACUCCUGACGCUAAUGUAUCUGUCGCACCUAUAGAAAAAUCGCGGAAUAAGAGUAAAACGAGCCAGGCUCAUAGCCAAGGUCAAGACCAGCGCACCGACGACGCCAAUGUCGGCGAUACCUCCGAGCUCAACACCGGCAACAACACCGCCAGUAACACCAAUAACAACAAUGAUGGCAGAACCAAAAGAGCCGACGGGAGCAACGGCUCCAGCUUGAGUCGCGGUGGUAAUGGUGCAGCAGCGCAUGCUCCCGUUAAAACAAGCGCCAAAUCCGCUCCACCAUUGCUUCAAGCUGGGCCGGCUCCAGCAGCAGCUGCUCGUAACUCUAAAAAAGCUGCCGCUACCGCCGGCUUAGGCAAGGAUCGGCAGAACCCAGCACUCAACCCACGUUCUGCUGGCUCUUCAACAAAUCCAACGGCUCCAGCUAGCAUCGCUUCCGACACCACCAACGACGCCGCUAUCUCGACCGCUGCUGGUAGCGUUACCGCUGGCACUGGCACUGGCCCUGUCCCCGUCGCCGCCGCCACUGGUCUUGCAUUGCCCAGCAUCCACGAGCAUCCCGCUACUCCGCCCACUAACCCGGCGUCCGAAAUCACCUCGCCCGACCCUCGAGCUGCCUUCAACACCGUUGAAUACGACAGAGACGAUAUCGCGACUCCCCUUGACGACCCUCUCCAAAGCGCAUCUAUCCUUACGCCGCUUGCAACCUCCCUGCCCAGACCUUCGCUCUCGCCGCUUUCCUUCGCUCGUCCCUUUGGCCCGCUGAGAAGACAGAGCAUACUGCCGCCGCAUCAAACCGAUUUCGCCAGAGCCCUUCUCCAUGGCUAUGCAAGCGACCUCGAACUAGACCCUGCUGACUUGGAUCAACAACAUCUCUUUUCAGGCAUGGUCACAGCAAAGAUAUGGGUCAAAAGACCCCUGGCAUCGGCUACGCUAAUCACCAUUGGUGAGGAUGAUCUUGUUGAUGACGUUCGCGAGCAGAUCCUCCGUAAAUAUGCCAAUUCUCUAGGCCGACAAUUCGACGCCCCGGAUCUAACUCUGAAAAUAUGUAACCGGGAACAGCAGACGACCAGGAUACUACAGCCCGACGAGGUCAUGACCAAAGUCAUUGAAUCUUACUACCCGAAAGGUCAGACUGUCGACGAUGCCUUGCUCAUUGAUAUACCCUCGCGCAGAACACCCAAGGCCUCGCCGAACCCGAGAUUCUACGCCGACGACCGACCACAUGAGUCCGGCACAGACUACUUUCCGCCUUAUCCACCCCCUCACCAUGCCGUGACCAUGAGUGGGCAACACGGGCUUCACUUCCCUCCCUCUAUGAGCAUCGUAGGCGGUAAUGGACUCCCACCAUUGCCCUCCCCCGGUAGUGCCAGGCGGUUACCCAUCAAUCGGCCCAACCUGCAAAGAAUGCACACGGCGUCACCCGUCUCCAUUGCCAACAGUCAUACCCCCCAAGUAGGGGCUGCAUCUACCGACCAAUCCAAUCAUCAGCCCGCUGCAGCUCCGAUCCCUACCCCUCCCCCCGUCGAACGUACAGCAACUCCUCCUCCACGCACUUCUUCGCCCAUGCCUUCUGUCCGGACAAAAAAGAAGCGAAUUAUCGAUGCCCCGUCGCUGCCCUCCGGUUUAUUAGAUACCGCCGUGCCGCCCAUUAACAUACUUAUUGUCGAAGACAACAUGAUUAAUCUCCGGCUUUUGGAGGCGUUUGUCAAACGGCUGAAGGUCCGCUGGCAGACCGCCGUGAACGGUAGAGAGGCCGUUGAUAAGUGGCGUGCCGGUGGCUUCCAUUUGGUGCUUAUGGAUAUCCAGCUCCCAAUCAUGAAUGGCCUCGAAGCCACGCGCGAGAUCCGUAGGGUUGAGAAAGCCAAUUCCAUUGGCGUCUUCUCCUCAUCGGCGAGCAGCCCGCCGGACGAGAUCCUACCGGAGCCUGCGGAGGAAGACAAACUUGCAAACACCGAGAUGUUCAAGAGCCCUGUCAUCAUAGUCGCACUGACAGCGAGCUCGCUGCAGAGUGACCGACACGAAGCCUUAGCAGCCGGAUGUAAUGACUUUCUGACUAAACCCGUCAAUUUCGAUUGGUUACAGCGAAAGGUCAAGGAAUGGGGUUGCAUGCAAGCAUUGAUCGACUUCGACGGCUGGCGAAAGUGGAAAGAUUACUCCCAGAAAACGCAGGACGAGGCAGCGAAGAAGACAGCCGCCACUACUAAAGCCAAACCAGUCAAGAAAAAUCGGCUGUCCAUGACGGCUGCGGCUUAAUCCCAGCGGUAUCGCAUGCCUUGCACGAAUAGCCGCCCAAUUUAGUGGGUUGUUAGCAUUCACCUAAGUGCUGA